AUUUAACAUGUUAAAGGGGUCAUAGGUUGCUUUUUUAAAGAUCAUUAUUUGAUGUAUUUGGUGUAACAGAAUAUGUUGACAUGCUUUAAUGGUCAAAAAAACACAUUAUUUUUCAUAUAUUGUACAUUAUUGCAUGUCCUCUAUGCCCUGCCUCUCUCAAACACGUAGUUUUCUACAAAGUCCCUCCUUCCGACAAGCACAGUCUGCUCUGAUUGGCCAACUGAUCCAGUGCGUUGUGAUUGGCCGAACACCGCAAGCAUUGUUGGAAAUAGAAGCACAUCCUGCCCAUUGAGGCUGACAUAGAAAAAAUACAAGAACAGAAACAGAAGCAAGUGACAGAACUUGAAGCAGCUAAGAGGACAAAUUGCAGCCUUGAACAACAACUUAAUAUAACUAUGGCAGAAGGUGGGUGACUUAAAGAAGAGCUUAUUUUGUGUGCUGCUGAAAGGGAAAGGGAAAAUCUCUCCUUAAUGAAGUGGAAAGAAAAGGCUGAGCUUCUGGAGACGAGAGAGAUGAAUACACAAGAACUUAUAAAAGAGCUAGACGAGGACAUUAGGAUGGGGAAAAGACAAAACAUGGUGACAGCUAUCCAAAAAAAUGAUGCCCUGCUGAAAGAAAAAGAGCAACUAAUUCAACAGUCUCAAAACCUUGAUAAUACAGUGGCUCUUUUUGAGUGAAGACAAUACAAAUAUUUUAAGUGAAUUGAACAGUUUAAAGAACAAUGAGAAUUUUGCUUCUGAAAACAUGUCUUCCAAAAUCCAUUCACUAGAGCUUGAGAAUAUCAGGCUUGAACAGUCACUUGAACUGUCCCUUUUGGAGAAAGCCGAAAUAGCCUCUAGGUUGUUUUCCACUCAGGAGGAUGUAGCUCAGAUGAGAAAAGGCAAUGCAAAACUAAAGGUACGUAUUGAAUCUGAUGAAUGGAAAAAGAACCACACGAGUCUGUUGCUCAAAGCUGCACAGAGAAAGGCAGAUGUUCUUCAGGACAACAUUGAAAACCUUGAGAGAGAGAAAGAACUUUCUGACCAGAAUCUAGAGGAUGCCAUUCUUCAAGCAGAGACUGCCAAAGACGAGCUUGAGAAAGUACAGGCUAAGACGAAAGAGCUUACCAAGACAAUUGAAGAGAUGGUCAGUGAGCUAAAAGAUCUCAAGGAGGAGAAGUAUAAACUUGAGCAAGAACUUAAAAAAAAAAAGAACAACCUAAUCGACGAAUUGCAGUUGUCCAAUCAAGCAGCGACUGAAAAGCUUAAAUCUGUGGAAAAGGCAAAAGUGGACCAGCAACAAAUGAUCGAAGACUUCCAAUCAAAGGUUGGUGCCAUGGAGGAGGAGCUUCAACUCCGUCGAGCAGAUGUAGAAUCGAAAGAAUUGAAAGCACAGGAUUUGACCACUCAGUUGCUGUCUUUGCAAUCUGAA